UUUACCGCUGCAGAGAACACGCAGAAGAACCAUGUUAUACUGGCACAACCAGACUGAGCAUUACUGGCCAGCUCAAACUGAACACUACCACCAAUAUGUCAAUACCAGUGGAGGCAGGGACAUGCUGCCACUACCACUUUUCAAGCAAGAGGAGUCCACGCUCUCUUCUGACCACGAGGUCGCUGCUGUCAGCUUCCAGUACAUUUUGAGUGCUGCCACCUCACCUGCCGUGAAGCUGCACGAGGAGACACUCACCUACCUCAAUCAAGGUCAAUCAUACGAGAUCCGGAUGCUGUGUAAUCAGAAUAUAAGGGGACUCCUGGAGUUCAGUGGGAAGCUGCUGAAGAGUACAGUUAGGGUGGUCUUCCAUGACAGGAGGCUCCAGUACAGUGAACACCAACAGCUCCAGGGGUGGAAAUGGAACAGACCAGGAGACCGGUUGCUUGAUAUCGAUGUUCCCCUGUCAGUUGGAAUCAUCGACCCUCGAGUAAACCCCAUCUUGUUGAAUGCUGCGGAGUUUCUCUGGGACUCAAAGAAACAAACCUCUGUCUCCAUUCAGGUUCACUGCAUCAGUACAGAAUUCACUCCCAAGAAAAAUGGUGGAGAGAAGGGGGUGCCUUUCCGAAUCCAGGUCGACACGUUCAAGAUGAGUGAGAAUGGAGAUUACACUGAGCACCUGCACUCUGCGAGUUGCCAGGUCAAAGUAUUUAAGACCAAAGGUGCAGACAGAAAACUGAAGACCGAUAAAGAGAAAAUAGAGAAACUGUCCCCACAGGAGAGGUCCAAGUACCAGUUAGCGUAUGAGGCUACAGUCCUGACUGAGUGUUCUCCUUGGCCUGACACUUUGCCCUGCUCAAGCAGAAGCCCAACCAGAAGUCCGAGCUACAGCCCAAGCUCUCCAGUCCCAUUCAACAGCACUGAGGGGAGUUAUUCACCCCCCACUCACCAGGGAGACCGGGCGGGACAAAACACAGUGGAGCAUCUGUCACCAAAGCUAACAAUUCAGGAAACACAACAGUGGCUUCAUCUCCACCGAUUCACCACCUUCUGUAAGCUGUUUGCCAAUUUCUCAGGUGCCGAUUUACUUAAACUCUCGCGUGACGACAUCAUCCAGAUCUGCGGCCCAGCAGAUGGCAUCAGGCUCUACAACGCACUCCGUCUGAGGUCCGUUCGACCGCGGCUCACCAUUUAUAUGUGUCAGGAACCACAGCAAGGGAAAGAGCAGGACAAUUCCCAAGACUCUCCCAAUGCUUCUGUGUGUGCAUACAAGGAAAUCUGCCUGGAGGACUUAACAAAAGCCGAACUAACGCACAAGCUGGCAGCCCUGUUCAGCAUCUCUCCCAACGAGAUCCUGCAGAUCUACCGACAGGGAGUUGCUGGGAUCCACAUCCUGGUCGGGGACCAGAUGAUUCAGAACCUCCCGGACGAAUCCAGCUUCAUAAUUAACUCAUUGAAAGUGGACAGCCUGGGUGGAUACUACAUGAUAUUAAAAUAGGAGCUUUGCCUCUGAAAAUGGAACCACUGGAGUGAACAUAUGGAGCAGCGAACAAUUCUUUGAAACUCAUAGCACAAUCCAAUAUUGUAAACCAGUGCCUCCUCCUGAACAGAACACGAUUACUACAGAAUGGCUCACCUCAAACAAUGCUUGGGAUACAAGUCUGUGCCUGAUGACACCUUAGAUAGAAACAUAGAAAAUAGGUGCAGGAGUAGGCCAUUCGGCCCUUCGAGCCUGCACCGCCAUUUAUUAUGAUCAUGGCUGAUCAUCCAACUCAGAACCCCGCCCCAGCCUUCCCUCCAUACCCCCUGAUCCCCGUAGCCACAAGGGCCAUAUCUAACUCCCUCUUAAAUAUAGCCUUGCAAAAUGCAUUUUUAAACCCUUCACUGAAUAUAUGACCAAACAUUUAGAUCAACUUCUUAAGAUGUCUGGCUUUGCUCCAGCUACAUUUGGCUAUCUUUGCUUGCAUGCAUUGUUUUCAUUGCAUUGAGGACAUUCUCAUAGAGGUUCUUCCUCUAGACAUUGGAAUAGAACCAUCUCAGCACUCGUGACCCCUUCAUUCUUACAACACCUUCUGAUGACUCAUUAAAUUCCAUCCAUCCUUUGCCCUUAUACCUAUGUCAGUGAUCUGAGUUUAGCAGGACACUAGUAAUGAGGCUCAAUAAUGAUGCAAACUUCUUUGAAGGUGGGGAACAAACUCAACAAUACCAAAACAAAAAAUAAUUAAAUAAGAUUGGCAUUAUUGGCCUUGAAUACAUGCUGGAUAUAGGUUAAAAGGGUGUGGGAACCAAAGUUCAGUGCUACUGCCUACUGUUGAUAUCCUCCCAUAGGUUUUCCUGUUACACAGGAACGAUGCAAGAUCUCAGCUAAUUUCCAACAUUAACUUCAAUGUAGUCCCUUGCAGAUAUUUCUCUUUUAAGCAUUGUAAAAUGUUUUAUACAAGCAAUGUGAAAUGGCAGGUUUUUUUUACAUGUACUGAAAAU